AUCGGCUACUUUGCCAUCUCUAACGCGUGCUCUUUCUUUCCUCUUGCUCCAACAUGGCUGAUCAGAACGAGCGCGCUUUCCAAAAGCAAUACGGUGUUAACCUAAACCGUAAGGUGAAACCCGGCGUCACCAAAAAGAAGUUGUUGCGCCGUUACCGUGAUGUUGGUCUGGGUUUCAAGACCCCGCGUGAGGCCAUCGAUGGCACCUACAUUGACAAGAAGUGCCCUUGGACUGGCGAUGUCCGUAUCCGUGGUCGCAUCCUAACUGGUAUAGUUCGUAAGACUAAAAUGCAGCGUACUAUUGUCAUUCGUCGGGACUAUUUGCAUUUUGUACGGAAAUACAGUCGUUUUGAGAAACGUCAUCGCAACAUGAGUGUCCAUUGUUCGCCCGCUUUCAGAGAUGUCGAGCACGGCGAUAUUGUCACCAUUGGCGAGUGCCGUCCUCUGUCCAAGACUGUACGUUUCAAUGUCUUGAAAGUCAGCAAGGGCGUGGGUGCCAAGAAGAGCUUCAAGAAGUUUUAAAUGACUACAUGGAAAAAAACAACAAACAAAAAAUCAUACAAUAUUUGUAGCAAUUUAUUCAAUUUUGAAUAAAACAAAAAUGUAACUUUAUGCUCUUUAAAAUUAUUUCUGUAUCUCUUUUUAGCAGCUCUUCUCCAUUAAUAGGUCAAGGACUCGACACCAGUAACAAAAAGUUUUGAACGGUAACACCUUCAGAUGAUUCAAUAAAUUUAUGCUUUACAAACUUUCCUCAAUAAAAAUCAUUUGAAAUAAAAUUGAAA